CUAGCCGAAAAAAUUCCUCAAAUUAUUCAGGAUCGCAUAUUCCGGUACAGAAUGAGGGUACAAUUACACAUGUGCUGCUUCGACGAGAGUUAUGCCGAAGACACUGAAAAAUGGGAGGGGUUCGUGAAAAAUGAUCUGGAGAUGGGAGUGCCUCCAGGAGAACUGGACGCUUGGAAUAUGUGUUAUAUGAAACUUGAUGCGAUGCUUCUAAAAAGAUCCGCCGAAGUAUAUAAUUCUGGCGAACCUCUUGAUGAAAAUAUUCCGAUUCGAACUUUCUUUGCCCUAUCUAAAAAACCCGAAAAAUAUAAGAUUGGAUUUUUGGCUGGUGCGUGGGGCUGCCAUUCCACAACUUAUCUAACACGGGGUUUACUGAGGUGCCUUGACAGAGACAAAUUUGUCUCAAGGAAUAAGUCACAAGGACGAUGUUUGCAAGGCCGACAUGAGGAAAAUGACCAAAAUGGUGGACUUACCUGAUGUCGAUGUAGCGCCAGAGGUCACAUUCAACGCCAUCAAGGACUUGGAUCUGGAUUUUUUGGUUGAUUUGAUUGGACCAGCAAAUGGUUCAAGGGGAUGCGCCUUUCCUUACCGCCCUGCCAAGGUCCAGAUUAAUUGGCUCGCUCAUCCUGGAACUUGUGGCAAUAAAGGUCUGCAGUACAUUUUCGUAGAUCCUAUUCUCGCAGGAAUAGUAGACAGCAGAAACUGGUUCACUGAGAAGCGUGCAUUUAUCAGUAAAACGUACUUUAUUGGCGACCACGCCGAUCAGUUCCCCCAUUUACGCCAUGAGUUGAGAACAAAGACAAAGGAAGGAACCGUCAUUGUUCUUCAUGGGGCUUAUCCUAUUCCAAGUGUAUUUUCCUUGUCGUCUUGUGCGGAUAGCAUAUGGGACAUGCUACAUGAUGAUGAAAAAGAGUGUCUCUGUCUAAGGGAUCAUGUCAUCUGGAACGGAUUAAAAAUCAACAAUAAUUUGGUGAAAUCGGGACACGAGGAUUUGGGAGAUAUGGUGGCCACCACUAGAGUGCAAUUUGGAUUGGAUGAAAACGCAAUUGUUCUUUCGAGUUUCAACACCCAUGCGAAACAUACUUUUGAAACGUUCGAGCUAUGGUGUAAAAUCAUGCUCGCAGUCCCAAAAUCCGUUCUAUGGAUUUCUCAGUACCCUGGAGCGGCCCGACCAGGGAUGGAAAAUUUCAUGACGAGCAAAGGAUUAGACAAAAAUCGCCUCAUCAUGUCUGAUAAUUCUUUCUCUAGUAAAGAAUUAUAUCUUCGCCGCUCGUGUCUUGUGGACCUGGUUUUGGAUCCGUUGACAUAUAAUGGACACACGUGCAGCCUGGAUACCAUUUACCUCGGCUGUCCUGUCCUCUGCAUGCUUGGGAAUACUUUUCAAUCUCGUGUGGCAGCGUCAUUGAACACAGUUUUGGAAAUUCCCUGCUUAAUUACUCAUUCUACUGAUGAGUAUUUGAAAAUGGGAAUUCUAUUGGGAAAUAACCCACACGUCUUAACCGAACUGCGUAAAACCAUUCUUCAUCGGAAGAAUGAAUCAUCCUUAUUCGACGUGAAGCAGUUUUCCUAUGAAUUAGAAAUCUUGCUGGAAAGAGCCUUUGAAGAGUUUAUGGAGCACCCCAAUAAUCCUGAAAAGUGGAGAGAACUUGAGCCACUGGAAACGCCACAAGACUGGAAGUUGUUUGCUGAACUGGAUAGGAAUUGGGUUACGAAUUUAAUUGGUGCAUCAUCAGAAAAUCCAGAACAAGUAUCGUCCUCUUUACAACACCAAGUUUUAUCCAUUCGGGCGAGUUCAUCUUACAUGGAGGUUGAUGAACAUGUGAACCCAAUGAUUCAAAUCGUAGAUCAUCCCAUGCGGGUCCUACAGUUUCCACGGAUCUAUCCGUCAUAUUCGCUCCCAAACGAUGCUGAAAGAGAUUAUGAUGAGAUCUAUAUCGGACAGCGUGUCGUUAAUGUUGCCUGGAUAGAGACUGCAGUGAAAUUUUGUGUCAAAUCUCAUUUGGAGUCAUACUUUGACGAUUUAUGUAUUGGUCCUCUUCAGGCGUCCCAGUUUGUAGCUAGAUUUUGUUUGUACAUGCAACACGGACUACCGAAGAUACCAAAGCUUGCAAAAAAUUGCUGGGAAAACUUUUUUGGUUGUUCUGACGGGCUAUUACAGAUGGACGCUGACCAAUACUUUUUUGUUCGCCCGAUGAUCGGAAAUGAUGGAAAGAUGACCGAACCAGUCAAGUCUCAUCCGCUUAAAUCGGACAUGAAUGAUGCAGAUAGGAAGAAGACUGAAAAAUGUUUAUUGUGUGUUUCUGGACUUUUUCGUCUCAUCACUUCGAUUCGUGAUGUGCACGCCCCAGAUUUUCAUACUUGGAAGGGAAGAACAAACAAUCAAAAAGAAUGCCCACAAUGCCGUUAUUGUGGCUUCCCCGAAAUUUGCUUCACUUCGGACAGCAAUCGAGUUUCCCACAUGGAAGCACAUCAAGCUAAUUUUAUUGCAAAUGCAUCCGAAACAUAUCUGGAUGUUAAUGAAACUGGCAACAUUGAUGGCGAACAUACCCAACAUCAUCCCUUCCAACCAAACUUUACAGAUAAUGUGGACAGUUCAGAUUACGUUCAGCGAGAGUUGGCUCGCUACCACCAGCCCGGAACCACGCUUGGUGACGAUAAGCUUUUUUCCGACGGUUCCUCGAGAUACUGUCGAGGUAAAAAAAUGUUAACAUUUGUAUGGCUUUAUGACGGACUGGAGCAAGUGUUGGAAUGGAUGAAAAGGAAUAUUGGCGAAGUAGCAGCGUCGGGCCAUGUUGUCCACCAAUUCUUUUCUUUGCUGCAUUUGAAUCUUAACACAAUCGGUUGCCCAAUUAUGAAGGAUCUCGAAAAAAUGGAUGGCGAGGUCAGAAAACUUUACUGCAAAACUCACCUCCGGUUUGCCCAGAAAGACUCGUACGACUAUCUUCUCAAAUUGUUUGACGACGGACCUGGAGAUAUGAAUGAGAUGCAUUGGGUAACCCACAAAUCCAUUGUCCCCGGCCAAGCUUUCUGCAAACUAUGCAGGGAGGACUUUCCCACCGUUCGUCAGAAGGAUGUUAGGAAAAAACUCAACGAGCAUCACCACGUUGAUAACGCAGAAAAAUGUCAAGCUUGUAACUUUGUUUUCAAACCCUCAUUGGAUACGGAAUUGAUCAGACACUCCCAUGAACAAAUGCACCUUGAAAUGAUGGGCUGGACCGAGACUAUUAUUGAUGCUCAAGAAUGUGACGCAGAUGUAAUCGUCACUCAAUAUGAGGUGUCCCUAUAAAUUGUUUGGCUUAUUUCUCAAAAACUAAAAUUACACAAAUUAAUCGUAAACAUCAUACAAAAUUUAUUGUGCCUAAAUACGUCUUGCCGAUACUAUGUACAUAACUUGAUUGAACAACUAAUAAAGCCACUCUGUCGUAUGUAUUAGUUUGGGGGAAAUGAUGAUGACUUUAUUCUUAUUAUAUUUGUGCAUAGGUUCAAGGGUUAGAAGGUCAGAUGCCUAGAUUAAAUCGUUUCCGAGCAGCGGUCGUCAAACGAACGGGACAUUCAAAGAGAAUUUGCAUGCAUGCUAUUUUCUUGAUUUUCUGAUUCAAGUUUCUUUCCAACUACUCGUGCUAUGUGUAUGAAUAAUGUGUCAUUGCAAAGGUAUUUGUGCAUAGCUUAGAGGGUUAGAAGGUCAGAUGCCUAGAUUAAAUCGUUUCCGAGCAGCGGUCGUCAAACGAACGGGACAUUCAAAGAGAAUUUGCAUGCAUGCUAUUUUCUUGAUUUUCUGAUUCAAGUUUCUUUCCAACUACUCGUGCUAUGUGUAUGAAUAAUGUGUCAUUGCAAAGGUAUUUGUGCAUAGGUUCAAGGGUUAGAAGGUCAGAUGCCUAGAUUAAAUCGUUUCCGAGCAGCGGUCGUCAAACUAAGGGGACUGAGACUAUUAUUGAUGCUCAAGAAAGUGACGCAGAUGUAAUCGUCACUCAAUAUGAGGUGUCCUUAUAAAUUGUUUGGCUUAUUUUUCAAAAACUAAAAUAACACAAAUUAAUCGUAAAUCGUGCUUAAAUACGUCUUGCCGAUACUAUGUACAUAACUUGAUUGAGCAACUAAUAAAGCCACUCUGCCUAUGUAUUAGUUUGGGGGAAAUGAUGAUGACUUUAUUCUUAUUAUAUUCAAAUAAACAUAACACUUAUUGAUACCUGUUUGUAAAUUAUGCAUAAGCUACACGUCAAGAUGUUUUAUUUAGAUCAUCAGUCGGUCUUUAUGAGGAGCAUAGAUCGGUCUAACCACUUAUGGAGUGACCGAUCAUGGGUAUCGGUCAUUCCAAGCACUGUUAAACUGCAUAAUUAUUAAAUUAAUUUAAAUCCUGCGUGCAAGAUAAUUUUUAAAUUGUUGUAGCAAAAUUGUAAAUCCUGCCCUUUAUUUGAUGAAAGAUGAAAAGCCCAGUAACAUGAACUAAUUAACCAUCAUGUACACAUUUCAUUAAAAAAUGCUUAAUUUCAAUAUAUAAUGUCAUUUUCAUUAAGUAGGAAACGCUAUAUAAUAAAAAAUCUCAUAUAUGUCAUAUUGGUAUAUAUUUAUAUGUUCUAAAAAUAAACCACGCCAACCAGACAAAAUUUCAUAUAGAUAACGUUGGCGUGGCUUGGUUUCCCUGCUCGGCUGGGUUCGGCUUCUCCGCAUCCUACUCAUUCACUCGUGAGGUGUCGGAGAAGAAGGAACUCGCUCGUCCCACUGCGCACCAGCCACACUCUCAACAACAACACAACGAAUAUUAUCUGUUCUACAAAAAUUAAGCUUGACGUGUAGUUCUCCAUUAAUUAAAAAUGUCGGUGAGCUCCGUUUUUCUUACAAAUUUGCCCCGUGGGAUAACCAGGGCCGAAUUGAAAUCCCAACUUGAAGAAUUACAUCCCGACGAUGUCAACGUGUUCACUGACGUUGUAUCCGGUCUUUCCGUUGCUAUAUACUGAAUCGUGAUUUUCUCGAUCAGUUAGACAGUUUCUGCUGGAGGUGUAAAUUCCCAUUCAGAUUAAUCGGGGUUAACUUGCAACUUGUCUCUAUUGCGGGACGUUGUAAUUGCGAUUAUACUGGAUCAGGCCCAGAUUUCGCCUAUCACUGGAUUUACCAAGCCCACGAAGAGCCAGAAAAACAAGUUCAUGAAUGUUUCACGAGACUGAUGCCGGACAAA